AUGGUCGUUGAUCAUUUUGAUCAACGGCCUGGAUUUAAUGGGGGGCCGGACGGGUUGAACUUAAUUGGAUCAGGGGCGGGUGAGGGUAGUCGCCCUGCUAUCACUCUGCCUGAAUCUCCUAUUCCAGAGCAGACUACCCCAACUCCUACACCUGUGGAGGGUACCACUAUCCCUCCCAUUGAAACUUCUGUCCCGCCUCCAGCCCCAGUUUCCAGUUCUGCAUUUGCUAAGGCCACAGAAAACCGUAAACUGAAGAACAGAAUGGAGAGAGAGGGUAACAGCAAGGCCCGGUCUACGGGCAAUAUAGGAGAGUCACUAGGUGGGGGAAGAUCAGCUUUCACAGGAGGAUCAUCAAGGCCUUCCCAGUUUGUUGCACAGAUUUCAGCCAGUGCACCGCCAGCAGCAGUUGAGUCAUUUCAGGCCCGGACAGGGCAACAGGGGACCCCAUCAACGGGGUCGGUCUGGAGAGAGGUUCUAGCAGAAGCAGAGAUCCCCGUGGCCCAGGUGCAAGAAGAUGCACUUGGGGAUUUGCUACAUGGAGUUUCCCGUAGGGGCACCGCACAGCCAGCCAGCCCAGCAGCUGCUAUAUCUUCAACCCCCUCUCCAGCUCAAGGUACCCCAGCACACUCAGGGCGUGGUGCAGCUAGGGGUGGUGCGCAGAGUUUAGGAGGACCCAACCAGUUCUAUGCUAUGAGUGAACGCAAACUGCAGAGGCUUCCCCAGAUGUUGUUAUAG